AAGAGAUUAAGUUUUCCACGGCCCCUUGACCUCGGAAGCGAGAGAGUCAUCUCGAACCCUCCGAAGGCGCGGUGGCUCAGCCCGACAAAGUACUAGGGCAGCAUCCGUAAUCCAUUGCAACACGAGCUAUUAUAUAUUGAGACGAACCUCCAUCCCGCCACCAUAACCCGGGCACAUUCUCUUUCGAUCCACUGCAUAUUGAAGCACGCACAGAGAUUGCAUAGUCUCUACUUCAAAGACGACUCUUUUUCAAUCUGCAAGCCCCCGAAACACACAGCGCAAUUCCCUACGGGCUAGAAAGUAAAAUGGGCGAACACGAUCCCAUCGUCUCGCACGGCCGAGGAGGCCAAGGCAACAUCGGCGCCGACUCAACCGAAUACGUCGACGCCGCCAUCGUCCGUGAAGGCGUCUACGGCGACCAAGGCGACGGCGCCUACUCCGCCGGUCGCGGCGGAGCAGGCAACAUCGGCUCCCCGCACGUCCGACCGACCUCGAAGGUGCCGCACGACGCGGAAAUGAUCCCCGAGCUGGCGAUCCGGCAGUCCGUCGAUGGGGAUUAUCAUACCGGGGUAUGUUUUGCCCCAACCCGGAACCCAAAACUCAGAUGAAGGUUUUUUUUUUUU